GUGAGUGCAACAUGAAGGCAUUUCUAUCCAUACUCUUUGUGACUUCGGUCCUAGCCGAACCCAGCAAAGUCGUUCAAAAACGAAGCGGCCUCGUCGGCCACCUCGGCGCUCCGCUCCACGGCUACGGCCUCGCCCCAGGGCUAGGCCUCGCGCACGGAAUACCGUCCGGCUACGCGCUAGGCCUCCACGGAGGGACCGUGGUGAGCGCGGACGUGCAAACGACGGUCACGAAGCACAUCGGCGUGCCGGUUCCGGCGCCGUAUCCGGUGGCGGUUGAUCGGCCAGUGCCGUAUCCGGUCAAGGUAGCUGUUCCCUAUCCGGUGGACCGUCCGUACGCCGUGGCCGUACCGCGUCCGUACCCGGUGCCCGUGGAGAAGCCGGUAGCCGUGCCGGUUGACCGUCCGGUGCCGGUGCCCGUGCCGCAUGCCGUCCCGGUGCCCGUUAUCAAACAGGUGGGAGUCCCCGUACCACAACCGUACCCCGUAGCGGUCCCGAAGCCCGUCGCCGUUCCCGUGCCCCAGCCGUACGCCGUCCCCGUCGGACACGGAAUCGGACACGGAUACGGACUCGGACACGGGCUCGCACACGGGUUGGUCGGACACGGAUUGAUCGGGCACGGAUACUCCCAUGGCAUCUCAGCGUAUGAUGUUCAUGGACAUGGGAAGGUCUGGUAAAGGGGUUGAAACGUUUGUUAGGUGAUUUUCUGGAA